CUCUGGCUCCUAUUACGUUCAGCCCGAAUACUUGAAGGUUCCGGCUUCAGAGUUCGUAAGUUCAGUGAGGUCAACCAUUGAUGAAGUCCGACAGGUCAUCUCCACCUUCUCCAAAUUCACCAUUUCAUCGGGGUUAAAGAAAAACGAAACAAAGUGA